GGCGAUUCGCGACGCCGGUCGACCCGUGGACGCCGCAGACGCCGACGGACGCCGCCGAGCGCGAAGAGCGGACGGUGUGCGACGCGAACACAACGCGACGACGCGACGACGCGAAUCCGGACGCGCGACGACGAGGACGCGCUCGAGCGCGCGCGAACGCUGACUGGACGCCGCGUCGGCGCGGCGCGCGACGAAGCGAACGCGCGAUGGGGCUCGAGACGGCGCUGCUGAGGAACCACGAGCGGUUGGGGAAGAUCGCGCUCACGGGAGGGUUCGCGUUCGGGUUCGCGUACACGACGAAGACGGGGACGAGUCCGCUCGCGGGAUGGGGAUGGACGCCGCGGACGCGCGAGGCGAGCGCGCGCGCGGCGACGGCGAACGAUUGA